GAACCAUUCUCCACAUAUCUCUCUGUUCUGUCCUUUCAUCAUCUCCUAUUAACAGAAAGAGAAAAAAACUCCCCAUUUCUCCAUGCUUUCAACUCUCUGAAAAUCCUUUAAAGGGUGUCCAAUUCUUCCAUUUUCUUGAAAUUUUGUUGACCCUUUGUGUUUUUAUAGCCAUUUUCUCUUUUUUUAAUCCCCAACUCUUUGAUCUUGCCGGGAAAAAGAACCCCAUUUUCCGGCAGGUCAAAGGAGUGGUGGAUUCAUUCUUUUCUUGAUAAUUUGAAAUCUUUAUGUGGAUGGGUGUUUGGUUUUGAUAUACAUUUGCUAAAAAGUGGAAAAAGAUUUGAACUUUUUUACCAAAUAUAGAGAUUUCAAGAAUUGAGGAAAAAUGGUGACUGAGGUGAUUCCGGUGAGGAAUCCAAUAAGCACGGUAUUGGAGAGAGUUGGGGUUUAUGGGUUUGUAGGGAAUAACAAUAUUACAAAGAGAUGUAAUAUUGAAUUUCAAGAUGAAAAUGAUACAAUGGAAAUGGUGCAGCUUGGUGCUGAAAGGACAAAAAAUGUGCUUAUUUUGAUGAGUGAUACAGGGGGUGGGCAUAGGGCUUCAGCUGAGGCUAUUCGCGAUGCGUUUCAUUUGGAAUUUGGGGAUGAGUAUAAUGUAAAGUUUCAAUCUGUUUUUGUAAAAGAUGUUUGGAAAGAAUACACUGGAUGGCCAUUGAACACCAUGGAACAGCAAUACAAGUUCAUGGUUAAACAUGUUCAGCUUUGGAGGGUUGCAUUUCACGGGACAUCCCCUCGUUGGAUACACUCUGCUUAUCUUGCUGCCAUUGCCGCCUUUUACGCCAAGGAGGUGGAGGCUGGCCUGAUGGAGUACAAGCCAGACAUAAUCAUUAGCGUUCAUCCCCUAAUGCAGCAUAUUCCUUUGUGGGUUCUAAAAUGGCAAGGUUUACAAAAGAAAGUAAUAUUUGUCACGGUUAUUACAGACCUCAGUACUUGCCACCGUACAUGGUUUCACCCUGGAGUCAAUCGAUUGUACUGCCCCGCUGAGGAGGUAGCAAAGAGGGCUUUAUUUGAUGGAUUGGAGGAAUCUCAAACACGCGUUUUCGGGUUGCCUAUUCGUCCCUCUUUUUGUAGAGCAAUAUUUACCAAGGAUGACCUCAGAGUAGAGCUCGAGAUGGAUCCCACAUUGCCGGCAGUGUUGCUGAUGGGCGGGGGUGAAGGGAUGGGACCAGUGAAAAAAACUGCAAAGGCUCUUGGAGAAGCUCUUUUCGAUAAAGAAAUGGAGAAACCUAUUGGGCAAAUGGUUGUCAUAUGUGGACGCAAUGAAGAGCUAGCUUCCACAUUACAAUCACUCGAAUGGAACAUCCCAGUCAAGAUUAAAGGAUUUCAGAAACAGAUGGAGAAGUGGAUGGGCGCUUGCGACUGUAUUAUCACAAAGGCUGGACCAGGUACAAUUGCAGAAGCACUAAUCAGAGGGCUGCCAAUUAUUCUCAACGACUACAUUCCCGGACAAGAAAAGGGAAACGUUCCAUACGUUGUGGACAAUGGAGCUGGUGUUUUCACACGAAGCCCCAAGGAAACAGCCCGGAUUGUUGCAGAGUGGUUUAGCACCAAAGAGGAUGAGCGCAAAACUAUAUCAGAGAAUGCACUUAAACUUGCACAACCCGAUGCAGUUUUUGACAUCGUGAAGGACAUCCACGAGCUUGCAUGCCAGAGAGGUCCUCUCGCCAACAUUCCUUACGAGUUCACGUCUUCAUUUUCAAGCUUAAUUUAAGCCAGAUACAUAGAUUCUGGUUGUUUUUUUUUGUCUUUUUUACUACAAGGUCUAAUAUUUGUUCUAGUAGGAUAUUAUGUAAGGUAGGUUCAAUGAUCUCAUUUUUAGCCAUAAAACGCUUGGCGCGCUCAUUGUAAUCUGUAGAUUGUCUAGACAAAUUCCGAUCCUUGGUUAGUCGGAGAAAAAAAGAAAUUCAAAACGAGACCAGAACGAGGGAGCUGUGAUAAAAAUGCAGAAAUUGAAUGAAGUUUCAUAUGUUUUGGAGAGUUGAAAUCUUCUUCUUUAGUAUUAAGAUUGCUUGAAGGGCCUGUGUGAGGUUGCUUCACAAUUGAAGAUAUUUCACUUGUCUAGCAAAAUUGAUUUGUAUUGAAUAUACAAUGCUUGUUCUUUUUUUU